GCGGUAUCCUAUAUCAGUCAUAUACCUUUUCCCCCUCGAGCAAACAGAGAGACGGUCAAUGGAGGAAAAGAAGAAGAUGUCACAGCUGCAGAUGAUAGCCCUCCUCCUCUCUGCACUCUCUCUGUUCUUCCAUGGAGCUCACUCCUCCACAGUCGUAGUUGACGGGACCUCCGAGUGGAAGAACCCCAUCGUUCAUGUCGGAGACGUCGUCGUGUUCAGGCACAAGCAGGGCAAUGCUCUGUACAUUUUCCAGAACCGGAGAGCCUUCGACCUCUGCAACUUCACUCAGGCUUCUCUCCUCACCAAACCCUCCUCCUCCUCUUACACGUGGCAUCCUUCGCGCCCGGGCUUCUUCUACUUCAGCUUCAGCAACGGCUCUGCAGCCACAUGUCAGCAGCCAGCCCAGAAGCUUGCCGUAGAGGUCAAUUCGGCCCCGCCAUCCCCGGAGAUACUCAUCAUGCCGCCAGUGUCACCCCCACAGGCGGCUCCUGAACCUGCAUCUGGUGGGGUAAUAGCUUCCUCGCCGGCGUUCCCCUGGCCAUUCCGUCCGCACCAAGAGCUCUCCCCUAGCCCCACCCCUGAAGCGAACUCUCCGACCAUGGAGCCGUCUGUUGUGCCCAAUAAGGCUGAUGGGAUUCCUUUCAUCAACAGUAACCCGGCAGUUCCUCUGCCUACCGGAGAGGUGGACUCCGCCACCAUACAGCCUCAGCCCACGUCCGGGCAUGAAGGGCAGGUAAUGGCGGGGCCGCUCCAGCUUCGAAUGGCUCUGCUUUGGGCAGUCAUGGUGAUGAUGCCAUGAGGAAAAAGAUCAAGUGGGAGUUUGCAGGUUAGUCUCUUUGUAAAGAAUUAGAGUAGGCCAAUCAUAAAAGCAUAAAAAAAAAAAAAGAGGGAUCCGUAGGUUAAUCAGUGAGGGGAUAGAGGAUUGCGUUAAUUGGGGGUCUAAAGUAGCUUUGGAGCGGAUGAUGAUUGGGAUUGUAUUGUAUUGGGAUGCUGCUUGGCCCUAACCUUUUGUGAAUCAUUCUGGGCUUUUGUUCUUGCGGUGCAA